AUGUCUCCCAGAAAGCGAAAAAAUGUUAAACAAACCAAAAUUACUAAUAUAAAACGAAUUAAGACAAAAAAAACACAAACUAGUCCAAAACCAAAGGAGGAUAUAAGUCUGCAAGAAAAACCCCGUGAAGAAUUAAAAACUCGAUCAGUCUUUCCAGUCACGAUCGACGAGUUCAUUGAAAAUACAAACAUAAUCGAAGUAAUUAAAGAUUAUAUUAAAGAUAAAUAUUCAACAGCCUUAGAAACAUAUCUCACGGCACCAGAAAUCAUGAGCAGGGUAAAAAAUACAUAUAACGUUUUUUACAAAAGACCACAACGACGAUGUAUGGCACCAAUGAAAUAUGUUCGCAUCACUAGUGACUGUGAUGAAAAUACAAAACAACGUUUGUUUAAAAUUCCAGAAUAUUAUAAACAUUUGUGUGAAAAUAAAGAUAAUGAACAUCAAAGCGUAAAACAAAGUUUAAAGAAACAAGAUAGUUCUCCAGAUAAAAAUAUAAAUAGCGUUAGCGAUAAAAAGAUAUUAGAAGAAAAGAUCCUGGGACUAAAGAGCAUUAUAUCAAAUUUUGAUGCUAAUAACAAAGAAACAAAUGAAAAAGUGUGCAACCUUCCAGUCAGUUUUGAAACGUUUAAAAGGUUCACAUUUCACAAUGAUGUUAUUGAUAACAUUUGCCAAAGCAUAAAGGAGUUGGAGUAUGAGUUGCCAAUUUCAAAUAUAUCAAAAGAAGAAUUAUUUGAUAAUAAUAAAUUACUUCGGAGUUACUACAAAACAUUUUACAUGCAAACGGUUAUUCGGACAAUAUUUCCAUUGAAAAUAAAACCAUGUCCAGGACGUUUAAAGGACAAACUUUUGAAAUAUCCAGAAAUUACGUCAGAUCAUGAAGAGCCUACAGUAAGUAAUAGAGAUGUUAUAAAAUCUAAUACGAAGGAACAUUUAAAUAAGAAAACAAAAUUAGGAAGCAGGAAAGAAGAUAAAAAUAUGGAAAAAUGUUCAUUAGCGUUAGAAAUUAAGGCAUCCAAAGAUAAUGAUCUACAUCAUGGUUAUAUGGAUGAAAAAACUUCAAACGAAAAAAUUCAAGUAUUACGAAGAUUGAAAAGUUUUAUUUUACCUAACUUCGAUGACAAGAAUGCAGAGCUACAAAAGCAUAAUCCUCCUGUUAGUUUAGAAAUAUUUAAAAAGUAUACCUUGUAUAAUGAGGUUAUUGAUCAAAUAUAUCAAGAUAUGAUACACACAGAUUGUUCGUUAAUAAUCCUUAAACCCUCAGAAGAAAAAUUUUUGAAUCGUGAUCGCUUGCUUCAAAGCUAUUAUAAAGCAUUUUAUUUUCAACCCAACAUUAGAAAGUUAUAUCGCUUAAGAGUUAAACCAUGUCCGGCACAUCUAAAGGCAAAACUUUUAUCACUUCCCAAAAAAAUGUAUAAUGCUGUUUCAGAAAAUGAUUCUACGACAAGUAGUGAAAAUAACGAAAAUGUUGAUCAUAACAUAAUUACAUCAGUGGUGGCACCAUUUAAUAAGAAAACUAAAUUAAAUCAAACAUUACAAAAUAAAGCUGUCAAAGAGAAUACUGAACGAAAUUCUAAACUACAUGAAAGCAAGUUUCAAACAAAAACAACAAAAACUCCUGAAUCAAUUUCACCCGCAAAGGUUCUCUUAUGGAAACAAGAUUAUCCUAAUGAGACUAAACAAACAAGUGCAACUUGCAUAAUGGAACCAAUUAUUUCUGAUGUUAUGGAGAAUGAAGUCGUUAAGGAUUCAGCGGAAUAUCAUUUAGUUCCAUGCCCUUCAAAUUUACGUGCAAAACUUGGAAACUUAGCGGUAAAAAACAACGCCGUGGUGUUACCAAAAGGGCCUCAAUUGACAACUAAAUACGACGAUUCAAAGUUCUCACUGAAAUUUCAAGAUUUCCUAAUGGGUACAAAUGUUUUAGAUCUUCUGAUAAAAACGUACAAUACUACUGAUGAUGAUUUAGUGAAUAUAGCAUUCGAAUAUUACAUCAAAUUUGUUACUAAUCCUGUUAAUUCAAAUGUGCAACUAUUUAAAAAUUUGAUGAUUCAUGCAAGUAAAAAUUUAGUAAAUAAAUUUUAUACUGUGUAUAAUCGGAAUAAAGAAGACACAUUUAAACAAGUAAAGGCUGUAGCAGAUAUACAAAAGCCGAAACCGAGUAAGCCCAUUAAAAAGAACAAUCGAAUGCCUAUAUCUUUAGCUGAAUUCAGAAAAAAUACACACUACAAAGAAGUCAUUAUUCAAAUUUUGAAAGAAAGAGCAAAAGGUGAUGAAGAAAUUUUCUCCAAGCUACAAAAAAAUAAAUUGGAAUGGAAAAAAGCGCUGCGGUUCUAUUACACAAAUUUCUAUUUUAAACCAUCGAUACGUAAUAAAUAUACUUUACGUUUAAAAGAAAUGCCGCAAAGUUUGAAGGAAAGAAUCUUAGAGGUUCCAACAAUAUCAACAACAGUGAAGAAAAAAAAUACGCCAAAUCAUAACCAAAACGGAGUGAACGCAGAACUAGUUAAAACUCAUCAGCCUUUAAACUUCACGAAUCCUAUCUUAACCACGGCGGAUAAAAGUAAUAUAGAGCAAUUACAAGAUCUCCAGUGCAAUAAAAAUACUUUAACAGAUAUUUCCACAAGCUCAGAGAACAAGCAACAAUCUACAAUCGCUCAAAGUGUCAAUAAUGAUGAAGCAUGUAACGUUGAAGUUUCGCUUUCAUCAGAGGUUCAACCACCAGACGAUCCAUUAUGUACAUCACACAAAGCAAAUACAUCUAAUGUUAAUAAUACAGCUCAAAGUGUCAAUAAUGAUGAAGCAUGUAACGUUGAUGUUUCGCUUUCAUCAGAGGUUCAACCACCAGACGAUCCAUUAUGUACAUCACACAAAGCAAAUACAUCCAAUGUUAAUAAUACAGCUCAAAGUGUCAAUAAUGAUGAAGCAUGUAACGUUGAUGUUUCGCUUUCAUCAGAGGUUCAACCACCAGACGAUCCAUUAUGUACAUCACACAAAGCAAAUACAUCCAAUGUUAAUAAUACAGAAAAUAUAAAAACCAUUAAAGAAGAACCAACCAUGUUAAAAAAUCUUAUUUUUACUUUAAAUGAUAACGAUAACGAAGUGAGCUGUCAUUCAUUCCAAGAGACUGCGAUUGAUUUAGUCGAAAAUGACUCUGAAGAAUUAUCUUCUGAGUUAGAAGCUUUUAUAAAUAAUGUAAAAAUGUUCAACACUUGAACACUUGUAAGGAUGUAAGAUAAAAUUUGUAAUAACGUGACUAUUGAUGAGUAUUAAAAACGUGUUUUUACUACCUCUGAAAAUUGAUAACAUUGUAAUGCAGAAACUCAAACGGAACUGGACAGCAUAGUAAAUAUUUUUGAAUUAAAAACUUUUUUAAGGAGGGUCUAUACU